AUGCCUAGGGAUUGGAUACCGGGGCGGCGGUACUGGAUGGCGGGCUUCACGGAUGACAUUCCAGCAGAGUCCAUGCUGGCCGUGCGGUUUUACCUCUUGGUCAUGUGGGCAGUAAGGGAUGUAGUGAUGGAGGCUAGGAUCUGCUCUGGGAGUGCCCAGAUUCUGUGUGGAUGGGCUGGUCCUAGUUGCGGUGCUUCUGGGUCAGUGGCUACGUACGGACGGAUGCUCAUGGACGACAUGGACGACUCACUCCUGUUCAUGCAGUGGGCGGUGAGCACGCUGCAGCAUGAGGAGGCUCAAGGAGGAGCCGACGAGAACAGGGCUGGUUCCUCAUGCCUCCAGGCGCUCCGCGAUUCCUCGGAGCCCGCGGAAGCACAGGACAGGCAGAGCUCCGGCGCCGAUACCCGCCACCGUGGGGGGCUCAUCAGCCCAUCCCCUGAUGCGGCCAUGCAGCAAGGCAGCAAUUCCACGUUCACGUCUUUCCCGGCCUCGGGCGGCAUGAGCAGUACCGGCGCCACCAACACCCACUCCGCCACCAACACCCACUCCAUGAGCUGGAACUUCAACGCGGCACAGCCGUCCAGCGUUGGCGGUGGCACACAGGCCGCCAGAGCACCGCUUCGUUCCGGCGUGUCACAGCCGACGAGGAGGGCCGCCGCAAGGAAAGUCGGCGCUUGCGCGCAAGACCACAUCAGGGCGGAGCGGAAGCGCCGGGAGAAGACGAACCAGCGCUUCAUCGAGCUCUCCGCCGUCAUCCCCGGCCUCAAGAAGAUGGACAAGGGAACGAUUCUUAGCAACGCAACGAGAUAUGUGAAACAGCUCCAAGAGAAGGUCAAGUCCCUGGAGGUGGCCGGCGGCAGCCAUAGGAGCGUUGAGACCGUGGUGCUGGUCAGGGAGCCGAGCCGCCAUACCGCGCCGAACAGCAAUGAGGGGUCCAGUUUGUUCUACUCGGCAGCCCAGACGCCGGCGAGCAGCCAGCGGCUGCCCGAGAUAGAGGCAAAGCUUUCAGAAAACAAGGUGAUGUUGAGGAUCCUCUGUGAAAUAAAUGGAAAGGGUGUUGUCGCCAGGGUUCUUGCGGAGUUGGAGGAGUUCCACCUUUGCAUCGUCCACAAUAAUGUGAUGCCAUUCACGGAAUCCACCGUGAUUAUAACCACCAUGGCAAAGGUGGAGGAGGGCUUUACCGUCAAUGCAGAGGAAAUAGUGAGAAGACUCAACUAUGUACUGUACCAAGAUAGCUGCAACAAGAGUUGUUACUAA